GCGCUGGAGCUCUCCCCCGGCAGGAAGAUCAACUGCUCGGGGGUCGUCCGCGGGGACGAGCGCGCCAUCCAGGAGGCCCGACUCAGCAACCUCGAGGUGGAGAACAAAAGGGCCUCCCUGAUGCCCGGCGACUACCUGAACAUGACGAGGGACUGCGGCGCCUUCAAGAAGAGCCGGCGGUUCAUUGAGUUCCCGCUGAGCCAGGAGGAGGAGGAGUUCCCCCUCGCCUACUCCAUGGUCAUCCACGACAAAAUCGAGAUGUUUGAGCGGCUCCUGAGGGCCCUCUAUGCCCCCCAGAACAUCUACUGCGUCCACAUUGACAGCAAGUCCCCAGCCACCUUCCAGGAGGCUGCACGGGCCAUCGUGGCCUGCUUCCCCAAUGUCUUUGUGGCCAGCCGCCUGGAAAAGGUGGUCUACGCCUCUUGGUCCCGGCUGCAGGCCGACCUAAACUGCAUGCAGGACCUGUUGCAGAGCCCUGUGCCGUGGCGCUACCUCCUUAACACCUGCGGCACCGAUUUCCCCAUCAAGACCAACGCCGAGAUCGUCCGCACCCUAAAGUUGCUACAGGGACGGAACAGUAUGGAGUCAGAGAAGCCCUCGGCCAUCAAGCAGGAGCGCUGGCAGUACCACCACGAACUGGGGGAGUCCAUCUCUCGGACAAUCACAAAGAAAGAGCCGCCACCCCACAACUACCCCAUGUUUACAGGCAACGCGUACAUCCUGGUCACACGGGCCUUCGUGCGGCACAUCUUUGAGAACCCCACGGCGCAGCAGUUCCUCGAGUGGGCCAAGGACACAUACAGCCCUGACGAGCACGUCUGGGCCACCCUCAACCGCAUGCCGGGUGUGCCGGGCGCGGUGCCCCAGAACGACAAGUACCAGCUCUCAGACAUGAAUGCCCUGCCCCGCCUGGUCAAGUGGCAGUACCUGGAGGGAGACACCAGCAAGGGCGCGCCCUACCCGCCCUGCACCG